AUGCCGCUCGACACCUCGGCCUACUCCCUGGCGCUGCUGCGAGUCGACGGCCGCCGCUGGAACGAGCUGCGACGAUGCCAUGCCCAGAUCCGCACCCAGGCUGCUGCCGAUGGCUCCAGCUACCUCGAGAUGGGCAACACGAAGGUUAUGUGCGUGGUGAACGGACCGACUGAACCUCGGCGAGGUGGCGCGGGAGGAGGUGGCGGCGCAAGCGAGCAGACCAAAGAGGCGCAGGUCAUCGUGAGCAUCGUCGUCGCGGGUUUCAGCUCCGUCGACCGCAAGCGGCGGGGACGGGGCGACAAGCGCAUCCAGGAAAUGCAAACGACCAUCUCGCGCGCCCUCUCGAGCACGCUGCACACGCACCUCUUCCCGCACUCGACCAUCAACGUCUCGCUGCACGUGCUCAGCCAGGACGGCUCGCUGCUGGCGGCGCUGAUCAAUGCGUCCGCGCUGGCGGCCAUCGACGCCGGCAUCCCGAUGACGGACUACGUCGCCGCCUGCACGGCGGGCAGCACCUCGAGCUACGCGGCCAACGACGAGGCCGCCGACCCGCUGCUGGACCUCAACCAGCAGGAGGAGCAGGAGCUGCCGAGCCUGACGGUCGCGACGCUCGGCGAGAGCGACAAGGUCGUUGUGCUCGUGUGCGAGAGCCGGGUGCAGGUCGCUAGGCUGGAGGGCAUGCUCGCUGUCGGUGUUGACGGAUGCAAGCAGGUGCGAGAGAUCUUGGACCAAGUAGUGAGAGAGAAGGGAGGACGUAUGGUGCGAGAGGGAGUGGUAGAGAAAGGCGUGGGCGUCGGGGAUAUGGACAUCGACGGUUGA